AUGCGGGCAGUUGCUGUAUGGGUUUACAUGGAAUGGAAUGGCCCGGUAGGAAGCAUAAGGUUGCCUUUGACAGUGGGAAUGGCACCUACAAGCAACAUUGUAAUGGCUUUGUUCGUAGUAAUCGACAUACCAUCUCCGUACAAUGCCAUGAUAGGCCGACCAGCCCUGUAUGACCUCCGAGCAGUCACUUCAGUCUUCCAUUUGCUCAUCAAAUUCCCAACCCGGGCAGGGGUGGGUCCAGUUGAAGAAUUAGAAGAGGUCUUGCUUGACCCAAAACACCAGACCAGGGUUUUCAAGGUAGGGAAAGAGUUUUCCGGGAACAUAAGAUCCGCCUUGAUCCAGUUCCUAUGGAACAACCAAGAUGUAGCCUGGUCUCAUGAUGAUAUGGUGGGGAUCUGCCCAACCAUUAUAAGCUACACCCUUAACAUUGACACCAAACACUUCAAGCUUGUACAACAGAAAAGGAGGUCAUUAGAUCCAACAAGGGCAAACGCAUUGAAGGAAGAAGUGGAGAAGCUACGAAAUAACGAAUUCAUUAGGGAAGUUUUCUACCCAGUAUGGGUGUCUAAUCUGAUAUUGGUACCGAAGCCUAAUAACAAGUGGAGGGUAUGCAUAGAUUUCAUUGAUUUAAAUAAGGCAUUCCCGAAGGACCGCUUCCCACUUCCGAGAAUUGACCAACAGGUGGACGCUACAGCCGGCCACGAGAUCUUAACCUUUAUGGAUGCCUAUUUGGGGUACAACUAG